GAGGAGGGAACAAAUCCCGGCCGCAGCCCCAUGGCCACCUCCCAUCCAAUCCCGAAAGCCAAUGGCGAGCCGGCGGGGGCGGGGCGGAGGGGGCGUGGCAGUACUACCUGCUGGGAGUUGUAGUCCUUCUGCCCUCCCUAGCCUCGGAUCUGGGUUCUGGGAGUGGCUCCAACGGGUCAAAGAAGGGAGCGCAUCGGGCCAGGCCGGGGUUUCUGGGUCCCGUUGGACCUUGGCUGCCGUUCCCUUUCGUGAUUUUGUGGGGGAAGGGUGGUAGCAAUUCUACGUCUUCUUGAAGAGCUGCAGGGGGUGGGGGGCGGGGAAGAUCCUGUUGGAACCUCUAAAGGACGAAUACACAGAAAGCACAGGAUAGAAGAACAUUUUGACUGUGAAGAAAGCGAUUGUAAAUAAGCUUCAAGUCUGCUUGGUGGUGGUCAGCUACGAACAGUGAGAAAGAGGCAAUAGUGCAGAAUCCGGAAUGGAUGUCCUCUUCGUAGCCAUCCUUGCCGUGCCACUUAUCCUGGGACAAGAAUAUGAGGAUGGAGAAGGACUAGAAGAGGAUGAUUAUUAUCAGAUGACUUUGGUGCAAAUUUCACUGUUGAUUACUCCAUGUUUGAAUCUGAGGACAGACUGGUUGGAUAAAGAGGUAAGGGAAGCAGCAGAGACCACCAUUAGUCAUGAAACAGAAGGUGCAGACCCUCAGAAGCCUGAAACAUUGAAACCAAUGACAGUGGAACCAAUUUUAUUUAUUCAUGAGAGACACAGAGAAAGAGAGAGGCAGAGACAGAAGCAGGCUCCCCACAAGGAACCUGAUGCCCACAAGGAACCUGAUGCCGGACUCAAUCCAGGAUCCCUGGAUCAGGGCCCUAGCCGAAGGCAGACGCUCAACCGCUGAGCCAUCCAGGCGUCCCAGGAAGUACCUUCUUAAGAAGGGAGGGAAAGUAUAGACCAAUCGCUUGAGGAAUCUGGUAAUGAAAAAAAGAGAAGCAACAGCCAGAAAGGGCAACAGGACCAAAGGGUAGCCUGAAUAUAGUUGAAAACAGAGGAGAGGAGUCGGUAGGAAUGGAAAGUUGGUGCUUGAUGACAAGGACAGGCAAAUAUUUUAAGGUAUAUAGUAGGCUACAUUUAAAUUGUAAACUCUUUGAAGAAAGGAGCCAUGUCUUAGUCACAUUUCUAUCCUGCUGUAGCACCUAGCACAGUGACUAAGCAUAUUGUCAUGCACAUAACAGAUAAAAAAUACACAUCAGUGAAUUGUGUUGAGCCUCCCUGGUAUGGUCAGGAGGCUGAAAGGCACAGAGGAAGGAAUUCCUCAUAGUUAUGGGGAGGAGAGCUGUAUCUUUCUGUAAACUCAGAAGAAAGGAAGACUGAGGUUGGUGUCAAAAGAUGGCCAUCCUUCCACAGGGGGAGGAGGGAUGGUAGGAAGGAUGACACUGCCCUACCAUGGGGGGAUGUCUGUA